AUGGCGUCAACCCCUGCUGCACCCCGCACCCCUGGUCGGUCUCCGCCCCCUGACACCCUCCCAGCUGCCGGCGAAAAUGGAAACUCGAACAAUGCUCAAGCAAAUGCAACUCGCCGUACUUCGCUGGGAUUUCUGCGCCGUGCAAAGUCUUCGGAGAAGGUGGGUGAUCGAAAGCCAUCCGGAAAGAUGAGUAAGAAGGUAUUGAAGGAACAGGCCAAGGAGGAGCAGCUGCGUCGCCAACGCGAGGCCGCCAUAUCGAAAUUUGCACCCCAAUUGCCGGACAUCGCACCUCCUCCCCAGCUCAACACAUUUGGUGGUGAGAACGUUCGCUCCAACUUGUCAGGUCGCGCAGGGUCAUAUGAGCCUCUCUCGGCCCAGAGCCACCCGCCUGUCCCACCGAUUCCAUUCGUCGACGUAUACGGAAAAGCCGAAAGCAUGGCGCACCGUGGUCGUUAUAGCUAUGCCAGCAGUGCCGUUAGCACCAUUAAUAGCCCGAGAAGAGUAAGGAGACGAAAGGAUCCGACACCAUACAACAUCCUCGUGAUCGGGGCUAGAAACUCAGGCAAGACAUCUUUCGUCAACUUUUUAAGAAAAGCUCUAGCUCUACCACCGAAUAAACGCCCAACCCGCAACCCUGAAGAGAUGGAUGAUCUACCCCAGGCACCACCAAACGGUUAUUUCACUUGCCAUUAUCUUGAAACAGAAAUCGAUAGUGAACGGGUCGGCCUGACAUUGUGGGACUCCCAGGGUCUCGAAAGAAGCAUUGUGGACCUUCAGUUAAGAGAAAUCACUGGUUUCUUGGAGAGCAAGUUUGAGGACAGUUUUACCGAAGAGAUGAAAGUCAUACGAUCACCAGGAGUCCGUGAUACACAUAUUCACUGUGCCUUCCUCAUCCUGGACCCAGCACGGCUUGAUGAAAACAUUGCUGCUGCCCAAAAAGCUGCCGGAGGAGAUUCUAGUGGGUCUGCAAUUCGGGUGGUUGGUGGUCUGGAUGAAGACCUUGACCUGCAGGUUCUUCGUACCAUGCAAGGCAAAACCACCGUGGUACCUGUCAUCAGCAAGGCCGAUACUGUUACAACUGCCCACAUGGCAUUCUUGAAGAAGACUGUGUGGGAUAGCUUGAAGAAGGCCAACAUCGACCCGUUGGAAGUACUCACUCUCGAAGAACACGACGACGACUACUCCAGCUCUCUCGAUCGCUUCGAUGAAAAGGAGGAAGAUGAAUUGCGCGAGGCAAAAGAUGAUGCGAACCGCCGCACACCCGAUUCAGAAACUGUCCCGGAUGAUCCUAAUAAUCCAGUCCCACCACCCGCCGCACCAUCCGCGGCAGAAAAGUCUUUGGAGAAGCAGCGGAAGCGCAGCUCAUCCUCGAGCAUGUUAAGUGGAGGCUCGAACGCCGAGCCUUUUAUUCCACUUUCGAUUCUCUCCCCUGACCCGCACAGUUUAGAGUCUAAAGACGGGCCGAUCGGACGCAAGUUUCCUUGGGGAUUCGCUGAUCCAUAUGACCCAGAGCACUGUGAUUUUCUAAAGCUAAAGGAUACAGUCUUUGGAGAGUGGCGUGGUGAACUCCGUGAAGCCAGCCGUGAGGUUUGGUAUGAGAGAUGGAGAACUAUCCGCCUGAAGCGAAAUGGUAGUUAUGGGAACGGUCAGGCUUGA